UGAAAGUGACCAACCUGGGCAACUUUGGAGAUAACAGUAGUGUGCAUAUUAAGAGCGCCCGACAACAUACAGUACUUGCAAUUUCAUUGUACAGCAAUCAUCUCACUCUCUCCAUGUACUCAUUCCCGUCUCAUUCUUCCUAGCCAAUUACCUCAACCCCGCCUACCCCAGCCCGCUAUACCCCCAUCACCAUGACCAACCUCCUUCGGAAACUCCUGUUCUCCCUAUUCAUAUCCCCAUCCCAAGUCCUUGGCGCAGAUGAAUCCCCAGGCCUACCAAUGGUGAUUAACACCUGGGGCGGCGCCUUCACCGUCGCCACGGACGCAGCGUAUCUUUCGCUUCUGGAGGCAGAGACGUCGGCCCUAGACGCUGUUGAGAUCGGUUGCGCGACCUGCGAGGAGGCGCAGUGCGAUGGGACGGUCGGGUACGGCGGGUCGCCGGACGAGAAUUGCGAGACAACGCUUGACGCUAUGAUUAUGGACGGGACAACCAUGAAGUCCGGGGCCGUGGCGGCGCUCAGGAGGGUGAAGAAUGCGAUUGGGGUUGCGAGAUAUGUGCUUGAGUACACAACCCACACCCUCCUAGCCGGCGACCUUGCCACCCAAUUCGCCAUCCAAAACGGCUUCGUAGAAGAGUCCCUGACCACAACCGAAUCAGCAGCUCGUUGCGAAGUAUGGAAACAAGCCGGCUGCCAGCCCAACUACCGCAUUAACGUUCUCCCCAAUGCAACUGAGAGCUGCGGCCCUUACGUCCCCAUACCCCUGAACGCAACAUCCCCCACAUAUCCCUUCCUAAUCGCCCCCGGAGCCAAAACCGCAAGUCAUGACACCAUCUCCCUAAUCGCCAUCUCCGCCUCCGGGACCAUGGCAGCGGGAACCUCGACUAACGGCGCGAGUGGCAAGGUCCCAGGUCGAGUGGGUGAUGGGCCGAUUACGGGGAGCGGUUCGUAUGUUGACGGGGAGGUGGGCGGGUGUGGUGCUACGGGGGAUGGGGAUGUAAUGAUGCGAUUUCUGCCAUGUUAUCAAGCCGUAGAGAGUCUAAGGAGAGGCAUGACGCCCUCGGAGGCGGCAGAGGAUGCGGUUAGGAGGAUGGUGAGGAAGUAUCCGGGGGUGGCUUCGGGGAUUGUGGUUGUUGAUAAUCAGGGAAGGCAUGGGGGUGCGGGUUCGGGGUGGAACUUCACGUAUGCUUAUCGAGGGGGGAAUAUGGAGGAAACGGUGGUGGUUACGGUGUUGCCGGUGGAGGAGGAUAAGAGUGCUGAGUUGUAAUAAUAAUAAGAGAUAUAUCGGGUGGUUGCACCAAUAAUGAGGAGAAGUAGACCUAAGGGACCCUUCCCCUGCAAUCAUCACUGUAGGCUAGCGAAGGAUUAAAUAGCUCCUGUAGUCUACAUAACUGGAAUAUAAAAAAGGGAGCUUUAGCUGUGACUGAACACGCGAAAUCGUUGAAUGUACAGAUGUGAACGACUUGUUCGAUGAUAUAUCAAUGUUUACCCGAUCAACUUGUACC